UUGGGCUGUGCUAGGCCCAAACUCCUUUUUUUUUUGUUUUUUGGAUAAGUUGCAGUGCUGCACAUUACCUGACCCUACGAACCCCCAAGUCCCAACUGUCAAGCAAGGAAUAAAGUGGAAAGACCAAGAGGAUAAUAAAAGCACACGCAUUUGUAGCUAAAGAGCUCCACACCAACCCAUCCUGCAAUGAUGACUCCGGUGAAAGUGUACGGUACGACUCUCUCCACUGCUGUCUCUAGAGUCCUCGCAUGUCUGAUUGAAAAGGAUGUCCAGUUUCAGCUCAUCCCCAUUAACAUGUCCAAACGCGAACACAAAAGCCCUGAUUACCUCAAAAUCCAGCCCUUCGGCCAAGUUCCUGCUUUUCAAGAUGAGGAAGUUUCUGUGUUUGAAUCCAGAGCUAUUUGUCGGUACAUAUGUGAAAAGCACGCAGAGAAAGGAAACAGAGGACUCUACGGUACAAACCCAUUGGCGAAAGCUUCAAUAGAUCAAUGGCUGGAGGCGGAGGGUCAAAGCUUCAAUCCACCAAGUUCAGCUUUAGUGUUUCAGCUGGCAUUUGCACCGCGAAUGGAGAUCGAUCAAGACGAAGAGGUGAUAAAGCAGAAUGAGGAGAAGCUCGUGAAGGUGCUGGAUGUGUACGAGAAGAGGCUCGGGGACAGUCGGUUCUUGGCCGGCGAUGAAUUCUCUCUGGCUGACCUUUCGCACUUGCCAAACGCGCAUUACUUGGUUAAUGCGACUCACAUGGGAGAUCUGAUCACUGGGAGGAGCAAUGUAGGGAGAUGGUGGAGCGAGAUUUCUAGUCAGGAUUCAUGGAAGAAAGUGAUUGAAAUGCAAGAGAGUGGUGCUUGAUAUGAAUCAAUCUCGGUUGAUUAAGAAAUAAUCUGUUUGACUAUAUUCAUGUUGAUAUCUGAAAUUUAGAGCCUUGUUUAAGGAGUUUGGUGUGUAAUAAUUUAAUCAGUGUUUUUUCUUCAGAUGCAUGUGCUAUGAAGAUUGACAUUUGAUUUCAAAUAACUUGUUUCAAUUUGAUUUUACAAUGUCCCAUGUUCA